AGGAAAUGUCUGGGUGAGGAGGGGUAGUGGGUGAGGGGCCCAGGUUCCUGACACAGUACACGCAGGGAACGAAGAGCAAGAGCGCCAUGUUGAAGCGACCACUGCCACUCAGAUUCCUCUUGUUCCUGCAGCUGCCUCUGCUGGGUGUGGGGCACACCACAAAGUUCCUCACACCGACUAAUGGGACUGAAAGCAUCACAACUGGUGGGAAGCCUGAUUUCUCCCUGACCUCCACACCCCCUGGAAUCUUUGAUUUGUCCACCCUUCACCUCCCAGAGGUUCAGUGUUUUGUAUUCAAUGUCGAGUAUAUGAAUUGCACUUGGAACAGCAGCUCUGAGCCCCAGCCCACCAACCUGACGCUGCGCUAUUGGUACAAGAACUCUAAAGACAAAGCCCAAGAGUGUGGCCACUAUCUAUUCUCUUCAGAGGUCACUUCCGGCUGUUGGUUGCAAAAAAAGGAGAUCCAUCUCUACGAAACAUUUGUUGUCCAGCUCCAGGACCCACGGAGACCUAGGAGGCAGACCACACAGACGCUAAAACUACAGGAUCUGGUGAUUCCCUGGGCUCCGGAGAACCUAACUGUUCAAAAGCUGAGUGAAUCGCAGCUGCAACUGAACUGGAGCAACAGAUACUUGGACCGCUGUUUGGAGCACAUGGUGCAGUAUCGGAGUGACCGGGACGACAGCUGGACUGGACAAUCUGUGAACCACAGACAAAGCUUCUUUCUGCCUAGUGUGGACGUGCAGAAACUCUACACGUUUCGUGUUCGGAGCCGCUAUAACCCACUCUGUGGAAGCGCUCAGCGUUGGAGUGAAUGGAGCCAACCGAUCCAGUGGGGCGGCCAUAUUUCAAAAGAGCCCCCACCGUGGUUUCAAGUGGAAGCCGUGCUCAUUCCCCUUGGCUCCAUGGGACUGAUUCUUAUUGUUAUUUUGUUCAUGUGUGUGUUCUGCUGUCCGGAAAGGGUGAUGCCCCGAAUUCCUCAUCUCAAGAGCCUAGAGGAUCUGGUUACGGAAUACCAGGGCAACUUUUUGGCCUGGAGUGGUGUGUCUAAGGGACUGGCGGAGAGCCUGCAGCCAGACUACAGUGAACGGCUCUGCCACGUCAGUGAGAUCCCCCCCAAAGGAGGGGCUCCCGGGGAGGCCCCUGGGGGCUCCCCCUGUAGCCAGCAUAGCCCCUACUGGGCUCCCCCAUGUUAAACCUUGAGACCUGAAACCUGAGCCCUGAUAUCCUGGCAGAACUCCAGGGUCGUGAAGCCCUAAAUUGGACUAACUUCCCCUUGUCCAACCAGCCUGGACCCAAUUCUCCUCUGGCCCCACUGUGGCUGACUUUGAAUUUUGUACCCCUUAUGACUGCCCCCUCAUUCAAUAUUCUCCUCCUUAAGAAUUGCCCCUUUGCCCUGUACAUGUUUCUCAUCUCCCUCAAUCCAGCCCUUCCUCUUCACAGAAUCCUCCCUCCCUCCCUCCCUCCCUCCCUUCCUCCCUC